CUGAUCCUUUCUUGAUCUCCAGAUUCUUUAAUUCCUUGCUCUACAGGGAAAACUCCGGUUCCUGAAGAGAAUUCCAUUCAACUUAAAAAUAAAAUCAAGAAUACACAUUUGAUGAAUUUUCAGAUAAUUUUAAUACCAGGAGGGACCAAGUCCUUGACAGAAACCAGACCUACUGCAGGAGAUGAGAUGUCCAUGUUUGAAGUUAGAAAUUCAUAUUAAAAAAAAUUUCAUCCCUUUCAAUACCAGGGUAAUUUGACCAUCAUAGCCCAACAAGCUGGAUGGGAAAUAUGAUGUCCAGAGAGCAGUAAGAAGGUGAAGAAUUUGAUCCAAAGACUUUUACCAUAUAAAGGUGAGAAUGGUAAAAAUUUGACCAAAUAGAGGUGAAAAUGAUUUUUUUAAAAAAUCGAGACUCGGGUAAAAGAAAAGUACCAUAACUAGAUCAUGGUUUGACCCUUUUUUAACUGAGUGAGCAUGUUUAAGAAUUCAUCUGUUACUAUCAAAAUCAGUAUAAACUGAGGCACAGCGUUGUGUUCCAUGCAAGUUCAAUUUGCUGAUAAGGCUAACCCUUACUAAUAAUUACCUCCUCAGCAAGCCAAAAGUCCCUGAGUAAAGACACAUGCGUUAUUUUUAUAGACAAAAGAGGGAGCAUCCAAAAACUAGAAAGCAGUAUUAUAAAUUGGAAAUGUUUUCCCAUGAUUAGUUACAAAGCUUAUAAGCAUCAUAGAUGAGGAAAACAAUAUGAUUGAUUACACAGUCUGAAGCAGGACUGGCAUGAGGAAUGAUAUGAUUGCUAGAAAUUAGGAAUGAGUGGCUAGCAACAAUCCCUCCUUCAUCCUGUCACUAAGAAAUGUUCAUUGUUUCACUCCAAAACCUAGAGAGAUUGCCUUUCUUAUUUCUUCUUAAAUCUUUAUAUCUGAAAUAAAGUGAGUAAUAGCUAGGAUUUCUUUACCAUUAAAAGUCUGUCACAUGUUACUAUUUUGUUUCCUUUCCCAUUUCUUAUCUGAUAGGAUUUAACCAAGAAUGGUGUGACAUAGUGGAUAAUGUUUGAGGUAUUUACUAAGAAGUAAUGAAAAAUGAUUUUCACAAGUACUUUAUUGAAUCAUCAUAAAACAAGACCAGUCUCCUUCCAUGUCUCUCUCUUUUCUUCCCCAGCCUCCAAUUCUCAGGACUCUGCCUUUUUGUAAGAGAAAAAGGACAGAAAAGGGAGUAAUGCCAGCAUUCCUGGCUGUCAGGUACCAGGAAGCAGUGACAUUCAAGGAUGUGGCCGUGAACUUUAGCCAGGAGGAGUGGGGACAGUUGAACCCGGCUCAGAGGGUCCUGUACAGGGAUGUGAUGCUGGAGAACUAUGGGAACCUGGUCUCACUGGGACUUCCCAUAUCUAAACCUGAUGUGAUUUUCCAGUUGGAACAAGGCAGAGAGCCAUGGUUUCUUGAUCUGCCAAGAGCUAUAGAGAGAGAUUUGCCAAAAAAUUCUUUGAUGGACUGGAAGAAUUGUUGUGAGAUCCAGGAAUCAUCUCCAAAGCAGAAAAUUUCACAAGUAGAAUCAUUAGGAAUAUUAAUGGUUCCAGUAAACUCUGAAUGUAGAGUUCAUAUGCCUGCUAGCCCAUUGGAUAGGAAGAAGGAAAACUCUGAAAGGGAGACAUUCCUUUCCCAUGAGAAAGAUUCUAGGCAACUGUUAAUUAUUCCCUCUAAAUUCACCACAAAGGAGCAAGCCCAACAAUACGGUCAGUGUGGAGAAACUAUUGGCUGUUCGUCUAUUACUCGGCAUCAGAGAAGUAAUACUGGAGAGAGUUCUUAUGAAUGUAAUGAAUGUGGGAAAAUCUUUAGCUGGAAAUGUAAUCUUACACGACAUCUGCUAACACAUACUGGGAAAAAACCUUAUAAAUGUAAGGAAUGUGGAAAAUCCUUCUUGAACCAUUCUUACCUUACUUCUCAUAAGCGAAUUCAUACUGGAGAGAAGCCCUAUGAAUGUGGUGAAUGUGGGAAAGCUUUCUCUAAACAUUCAUCCCUUACUGAACAUGAACGAAUUCAUACUGGAGAGAAGCCUUAUCAAUGUAAUGAAUGUGGAAAAGCUUUUAGACAUAGAAGUGCUAUUAUGAGACAUCAUAUGACUCAUACAGGAGAUAGUCCCUAUAAAUGUAGUGAAUGUGGGAAACUAUUCUUAAACCCUUCAUCCCUUAUGGUUCAUGAAAGAAUUCAUACUGGAGAGAAGCCCUAUGAAUGUGAUGAAUGUGGAAAAACCUUUGCUAGGCAUUCAUCCCUUUCUCUACAUCAGAGGAUUCAUACUCAAGAGAAGUCCUAUGGAUGUGAUGAAUGUGAAAAAAGCUUCUUUGACUUUUCAUCACUUACUCGACAUCAAAAAACCCAUUCUGGAGAGAAACCAUAUUUAUGCAGUGUGUGUGGAAAAACUUUUUGUAGCAAGGCAUCUAUCAUCCAACAUCAGCGACGUUAUGCCAGAGAGUAAUCCUGAGAAUAUGAUGUCUUGAACAAAAUUUCAAUUAGAUUUAUCACUUUGUUAAAUGCCAAAGGGUCAAGUUAGUACAAAAUUGGUGCUACCUAAAACAAAUCUUUUCAUAUGUACUUCCCCUAAGCCAGUAUGGUUUCUCCUAAGCAAUGAUGAUUUUAAAAGGAAAAAGUCAAUUUUGGAAAGACUGUCGGGGGAAAAAAGGCAUGCUGUAAUACUAUCAAUAGAACCAUGAAUUGUUUCCUCUUUUUAAUAGCCUUAGAUAAUAUCUACAAAAUUUUAUAUCUUUUGAAUAAGUCAUUCAGUACUAGAACUAUAUUCUAAGAAUGUCAGAAUUGAUUCCUCCAUCAUAGGGACAGAGAGGAGGAAAAGAAGAGCCUGUCUCUACAAAACUAUUCAUAGUACAUUGUGAAAUUUAGUGUAUUACAGUAUUGGACUAUUAUUGCAGGAUCAGAAGUGACUAAACUGUGUAUGUGUGUAUAUAUAUAUAUAUA